CUGGAGAUCAUUUCUCGCGCAGCAUUGCAAGUGCAAGCACUCGUCGGUUAAAUAAAACAUAUAGGAAUAUAAACCGAGUUCUUUGUGCCUGUGUUUUUUAAUAAGAAGCCUGUGCUCAAUUCAUUAAUUGAGCAAUCAAUUUCAAUAGCAGCUCAAUUAAGAAAUAUAGUGACAGUUCCCAGUAUCCGUUAGGAUGUCUAAAUCAACUAUUGAAGAUACCGAUCCAAAAAAAAUCAAAGAUCUGGAAAACGACAGUCAUGGGGGUGAGGAGGACGGCAACUCGGAUAGCACCACUGAGGCGGAUGCCAAGUCCACCAAGAAGGAGGAGGAGAGUCCUGCUACAUUUGACAAGGCCAUCGAAGGCGCUGGCUUCGGCCUUUUUAAUCUGAUCCUGCUGUUUGUGUCCAUACCCGCCCAGAGUGCUGCUAUCUUCGAGUCUAGCUCCAUGUCCUACAUCCUGCCGGUGGCCGAGUGCGAUCUUCGACUGACACUGGAGGACAAGGGAGUCCUGAAUGCAGUGGCCUACGCCGGCAUGACGAUUUCGGCCGUGAUCUGGGGAUACCUCGCAGAUACCAAGGGCCGCAAGAAGAUCCUUUACUGGGGCUACCUUAUAGAUGCUGUGUGUGUUUUCGGGUCAGCCUUGAGCCAGAAUUUUAUAAUGCUGGUGGUUUUCAAGUUCCUCGGUGGCUUGGUGGUAAAUGGCCCAGCAGCAGUUCUCUUCACGUACAUCACUGAAAUGCACGGACCCAAGCACCGAUCGUCGGUUCUAAUGAUUAUAGGAAUGGUCACGUCGACGGCCACUGUGUCCCUGCCCCUUUUGGCCUGGGGCAUCUUCCCACGUGAAUGGGACUUUGAGGUCCUGGGACUGAAGAUCCACAGCUGGCAAAUUUUUCUGUUUGUUUUGGGCAUUCCAAGCUUGGUCAGUGGCCUUAUCUUUUGUGCCAUGCCGGAGAGUCCUCGCUUCUUGAUGGCCCAAGGACGAAACGAGGAGGCACUGACGGCGUUCAAGCAUAUCUACUAUGUGAACACCAGGAAGCCAAAAGAAACCUAUCCGUUCAAAGCCCUGGUUCAGGAGGUACCGAAUCGAAAAUCUGAAAAGGGCGAGGCCAUCUACACUAUCGAGGAAAAGUCAAAGGAAACGCCAGUUACCAAAAAGCAAUCGCGCACUCUUGCCGAGAGCCUGCGCUCCGGUUUGCAGCAGAUGAAGCCCCUGGUUCGGAAGCCCCUUCUCUCGCUGUCUCUGUGCUGCUACAUAAUGCAGUUCGGCAUCUUCCUCGGCAUGAACACCAUCCGGCUGUGGCUGCCCCAGCUCUUUGCGUCGAUGGCCGAGUUCGAGGCUCUGCACUCGGGGCAGGACGUGGACGCCAGCAUGUGCACCAUCCUGGAGUUUAGUGUGAAUCGCACAGCGGAAACUGCCUCGAAUUACGCUGAUGCCUGCUCCGAGCCCAAAGUCAUCUCUAUGGACAUGUACAUAAACAAUAUCAUAGUAUCCGCUACAGGAUUUGUGGGAUACUUCUUUGCUGGAGGAAUAAUUCGUGCCUUGGGCCCCAAGCGAAUGAUGACCUAUGGACUGUUUCUUUCGGGAACCUUUGGCAUCCUGCUCUACUUCUCAGUUAGCAGUCUAAUGACCCUCAUCAUUUCGGCCACUUUCUUGACCAUUUGCGGCAUUGCUGUCUCUUCUCUUUUGGGAGCUGUUGUGGCUCUGUUCCCUACUCAACUACGAACCGUUGUGGUGGCCAUUGCCAUGAUGUGUGGACGCUUUGGAGCACUCUCCGGAAAUCUCCUGUUUCCGGUUUUCAUUCAGAUUGGCUGCCUGCCUCCAUUUAUUAUGGUUUCUUCAGUACUGAUACUGGCGGGUGUCCUUUCCAUCCUUGUGCCCAAUCCCGCAAAGGCCACCUUCUCCUAAUCUGAUUCUCGGGUGGGAACCUCACUUUAACCGGAAGAUCUUGCGACGUUAACUGUACAAAUUAGUGAUAACGAGGUAAACGAAUGGACGAGUUGUAGAACUUAGUAACGACAAUAGCUGUUGUAAAAACUAUUUAUGUAGCAUACACUUAACAUACAAACUUACAUACAUAAGCAAUCGAACCAAAUAUAUCUCUAUGGUUGUACAUA